AUGAGCAGACGAGUAUGGAAGCUACAAGACUUCGUGGCGCACACAGGUCGGGUACAAUGCGCCCGACUUGGCGAGAAGUCUGGCCAAGUACUUGCGACGGGCGGAGAUGACAAGCGGGUGAACAUCUGGAAGGUUGGCAAGCCCAAUGCCAUGAUGAGCCUCACUGGCCACACCAGCUCCGUCGAAUGUUUGGUCUUCGACAAGCAGGAGGAGGUCUUAAUCGUCGGCUGUGCUGGCGGCUCGAUGCAGUGCUGGAACCUGGAAUACAGGAAGAUGGCUGGUUCGCUGGCCGGGCAUCGGACAGCCUGCACCUGCGUCGAGUUCCACCCCUAUGGCGAGUUCUUCGCCUCGGGCUCGAACGACACGAACUUGAAGAUCUGGGAUCUGCGCCGGAAAUCCUGCAUCCAGACGUAUCCAGGCCACUCCGCGCCAGUGAGCGCCAUCCGCUUCUCGCCACAUGGCCGCUGGGUGGCAACUGGUGGCCUGGACAACCAGGUGAAGAUUUGGGAUCUUACCGCCGGCAAGCAGAUGAAG